GAGGCAGUUAAUUUUAUUGCCUGUUGCAUUUGUGGGAGAGAGAACAUCCACCUUUUCCAAUGGAACAGGAACCAGCACAAGAUGCAGAGGCAGAACCCAGUGGUGCAGAAGCCAAAUUGGACAAACAAGAUAAUACUCAAAUAUCUUCAAAACCAGAAAAAAGUCCUGCGGAGGUAAAAAAGAAAAUAAAUGAAAACUUCUUCUACACGUAUGAAGAUGUAUAUUCAGGACCAUAUGUCACUAAUGACACUGAGAUAUCCACCGACCUUCUUGUUUUUAAACAUUCUUUUGGAUAUGACUGUACCAGACCUGUAAACCUGAUGGUAAUGGAUAGAGAUACUGUAGGUUAUGUAGCAGGCAACCAGGUGAUCCUCCAGAACCUGAGUACUAAGCAUCAGAAACACGUCCGGAGCAGCUGUGGCGGUGGCAUUGGGUUUAUCACAGCACACCCUAGUAAGGAGUACUUUGCAGUAGGAGAAAAAGGAAAGAAGCCAAACAUUGUCAUCUACACAUAUCCUUUGGUGAGGCCCUACAGAAUACUGAAAGGUGGAACAGAGGUAGCUUAUGUUUUUGGUGAUUUCAACCGUACUGGCUCUUUGCUGGCCAGUGUUGGGAGCAGCCCUGACUACAUGUUGACCAUCUGGGACUGGACACAAGAGGAGACUCUGUUGAGGUCAAAAGCUUUUGCCCAGGAUGUUUACAAGGUCAUGUUUUCUGCUGAGAAUGAAGAGCAUCUGACUACAGGUGGAUUAGGACACAUCAAGUUCUGGAAGAUGGCUCUCACAUUAACUGGUCUCAAGUUGCAAGGAGCUUUGGGCAGGUUUGGGAAAACAGCAGUGUCUGACAUUAUAGGUUUUGUGGAGCUGCCUGAUGGGAAGGUUGUCUCAGGAACUGAGUGGGGCAAUUUGCUGCUUUGGGAAGGUGGCCUCAUUAAAGUAGAGCUCUGUCAAGUUGGACGCAAGCCUUGUCAUGAGGGCCCUAUCAGCCAGUUAAUUUUUGAUGAAGGAGACCUUUACUCUGUUGGAAAAGAUGGUGUCAUUCGGAUGUGGAACUUUGAGAUAGUAGAUACUGCUGAUCCUGUGGAUGACACAGGGUUAGUGGAGAUGGAGCCUAUGAAUGAACUUUGGCUUGGCAAGAACGUCAGCCUGAAUUUCAUUACAAAAAUUCAUGACCAGGGACAGUCCUUCUGGUUGGCUCAGGAUACAAGUGGAUCAAUAUGGAAGCUGGAUUUGACUUUUUCAAAUAUGAGCCAUGACCCAGAGCGUGUGUGUACCUUCCACUCUGGGGGGAUUGAGGCCAUCGGUGUCUCUCCCUUUACAUGCCUGAUGGCCACCACAGCUCUUGACCGGACAGUGCGCAUCUAUGAUUUCAGCAGCAACAGCCAACUGAGCUUAAUCAAGUUUAAACAGGGAGGAACAGCGCUGGCAUGGGCACCGGCUAUUGUAAGUCCUGAGGGAGGUCUAAUUGCUGUGGGGUUUGAAGAUGGUGUUGUCCGCAUGAUUGAAGUUUAUGAUCCCACACUGCUGCCCGGUCAUGAAGGACAGGCCAAUGAGAUUGCAGAGAUAAAUCUGAAACAAGUUUUCAAACCUCAUGCUGCUGCAGUCACAGCCCUGGCAUAUGAACCAAAGGGAUAUGUGUUUGCCACAGGGAGUAAAGACAAAACAGUUUUCUUUUUUGCUGUUAAGAAUGAAUACAGGCCUAUUGGAUUCAUCUGUGUCCCUGGGCCUGUACAGGCAUUACAGUGGUCUCCACCUUCUCAUGACAAGAGCACGCUGCUCAUCCUUUGUGAGAAUGGCUUUGCUGUCCAGGUUCCUGCCCCUCACCAUGGGAAGCUGUAUACAGCGACCACCUAUCACAUAGUAGACCUGCCAACACAGUACUUCCAUUUUUAUAGUGUUAAAUCCCAAAUCAAGCUGAAAGAUGAGAUUGCUCGGAGAGAGAAAGAAAAGGAAGAGAAGGAGAAGGCAAGGCUUGAAUGGAUAAAGCAGCAAAAGGAGCUGGGAAUCGAGGUAGAAGAAACUAAAGAGGAAGAAGCUGAAGAGGAGCCAUUGCCACCUGUCUACAUACCAGAGGAGCCCAGUCCCAUCCUCUGUGGCUUUUAUUCAGCACCUGGAAAAUUUUGGCUUUCCUUGGGUGGAUACGACUCAGGGUUUCUCUAUCAUUGCGAAUUCUCACAUGGUGGCGAAGAAGACCCUGAGAAGAGGAAGGAUGAACCUUUUGAAGUGAUUCCUAUGAAGAACACUGAGAACAAUCCCAUUCACCGAAUCUCCUUCUGUACCCAGCCCCCGCUGAUGUUCUGUGGGAUGCAGGAUGGCUCCCUGCGUGCCUAUCCUCUCAAGGAGGAAGGCAUCUCUGAGGGUGCCCUCAAGGACUACUGGUACCUGAAUGUGCACGACAACGAUAAUGGGCAGAUCCGGGGGAUCUGUUGUAGCCAUGAUGAUGGGUGUCUGAUUACCUGUGGUGGAGAUGGAAACAUUUUUACAUUUGACCUCUUGUCAGAGGAAGAGGUUCCCAAAGAGCUAAAAGUCAUGAUCCCCCCUCCUAGGAGAGGUCUUGAGAAGGAGAAGGCUACUGAAGACAUUAAGGAUCCUGAUGCCUACAAUAUUGAGGAAUACAAGCAGAAAGAGGAGCAUGAACGGAAAAUGAAGGAAGCUGAAGAAAAGAAAAAUAAGAAAAGAGAGGAGUUAAGUGCACUGAGACAAGACUUUGUUUUGCUCCUUCAAAAGAAUCAGGAGUUGCCCAAGCACAUGCAGUUGCACAGAGAGGAGUUUGAGAUGGACCGUAGGAUCUUUGAAGAGCUGGACAGGCAGACACUACAGAGAAUCCAGUUAGUGCAAAAGCAGCUGGCUUGGGAGCACGAGAAACAAUUCAUUGGACUGCAGAAACUACAAAAACAGUUUCAGGACUCUCUGGAAUUUACUCUCACUGUUCAUGCUAUUCAAAGCAAUCAUCAGAUUUCGACCUACAGCCUUCUAACAGUGUCUGAGAAAUACGCCCAAGAUAAGAAACAGGAGGACAGCAAGGGGGCAGUACAUAAAGAGAAGUGGACAGGACUUAAAGAGGCAGAACAAGCAGAAGAGAUCUCCAGAGAGACAAGCCCUGUGCACAGAGGAAGUGUAGCUUUUGAGAAUGAGGCUGAAAGCCUGAAGACACCAGACGUCCAAAAGCCAACCACGCGUUAUAUAGAAAGCAGACGUCAGAAAAUCAGAAGGCUCAUUGAGAAAUAUGAUGCACUGAAAGCCAAGAUCAUGAAGAGGAGGGCAGAAUGGCAUGAAUUAUAUAAGAGCAAACCUAGACGUAGCCAUGAGAAUUCCAAAGAUGCUGAGGACAUCAAAGAAGCACGGGAGACUAUAGGAUGUUACAGGCUGAAGAGUGCCACUAACUACACACUGACUGAAGAUGAGCGUAUAAACACUGAAAAGAAGAUGAUGCAGCUUGCAAUCCUGGAAGACUUGAUCCAUAAGACGAAAGUGAAUAUGAACAAAGAGAUUGUGUCUUUGAGGGAUCUCAAGGUUUCUACUAUUGAUGAAAUCAAAAGUUUAGUGAAGGAAGUCAAAUCCAUACAGGCAAACUUAGAUGUAUCAGAACAUCUUCCUAUUCCCCCGAUCCCUCAGUUACACCCAGAUGAGGUUCCUGAAAAGAUAGUUGAGUGCAGCAGUGACGUCCUCCUAAAGUUCAGAGAGGAGCAGGAGGCCAAGGCAGAGCUGGAGGAGCCGCUGGAAGGAUGUGCCUCGUUCCGUGCAUUUAGGCACGUGUUUCUAAAAACUCCUCCUGUGGAAGAGGGUGAUGCCAUGGUACAGACUGGAGAUGCAUCAGCUGUGGUCACAGGGAAGCAGGAGGCUUAUGAGAUGGAGAAAGUAGAGCCAACAGAAAUGGAACUGGAAAUUUUAAUGAGAGAGAAGAUAAAAAAUCUGUACUUGCAGGAGACCUUGAUUAAAAAGAUCAACACACUGGUGAUCAACUUCGAUGCUGAACUCCGCCUUUUGCGGCACAAGAAACUGAAGAUGGAUGUGCAGAUGAAAAGUGCUGAUCUGCGCUGCAUCACAUGCUGCGAAGAGCUGCUUAUCCUGAAGAAACUUGAGAUACAUGAGGACCUUCUUGAGGAGCAAAUUUGUGCCAUCAUCAAUAAACAGGAGGACAUACAUUCAAAAUUGAAGAGCUGCCUUGCACAAAUGGAGGAUAGAAAGUCUGAGAUUGUAAUGCUUGAGGAACGUGAGAAAGCUCUUUAUGCCAGCUUUGAAGCAUCCCUUGGAGAAAACAAUGAAUUUGCUGAUGUUCUGACAGAUAUUUUAAAGAAGGAAGUUGUGUAUGUGGAAAAAGAAGAAGUAAGAAGAAAAGCAGGUGAACAAAAUGAGAAUGAAGAGGAGGAUGAUGAAAAGCCUGACUUAAAGACUGAUGAGGAAAAUGGUGGAUCUGAAUGCAUAGUCUUUGAUGACUCAGUUUGCCCAGAAGGCUGCAGUGAGGAUCUCUUUCUGAACACCAUCCAGCUCCGGCAGCAGCGCAUAGGCAUUGAGAAAGCUUUACAAGAGGAGAAGAAAGCUGCUGCUGACCUCAAAAAGGAAUAUAAUGCCUUGGCCAUAAAGGCAAAAGAAAUAGAAACCAGUCUGGACAUAAAAAACAGGGAACUGGAGGCCUUUCAGUGGGAAAAGCUGCACAAACUGAAUGAGCUGGAUGUAGUUGUGCCUUUGAGACUCCAUCAGGUGCAGUGCUUGGAUGAUGGGGAGAUGCCCCGUGAUUUCUCCCAGACUUUAGUAUUUACCAAUCAGUCCUUGCAGUACCUGAAAAAGAGAAUUGUGGACCUACGUAAUGAAAAGCUAAUGCAAAGGGAGAUCCAUAAGAAGGCCAAGGAGCAACAUAAGCAGCUUAUCCAGGACAAAAAGGAGAUGGAGAUGGAGAUUCAAGGACUGGAGGAGAGGUGCAAUAAUCUGAUGAUGGAGAAGUUUGGUCGGCUGGUUGAUUUUGAAGAAGUUCAAGUACACUCUGUUAAUAUACCUAGGGAGCAGAUGAAAGUGAGAAUAAUGGAGAAAGAGUACGAGCAUUUUGUGGAGCUCAAAGAAUGGGAGGAAAAAAUUGUGGUCCUGCAGCAUCAGCUAGCGAAGCUGACAAGGGAAAACACCAGCAAGCUGCACCAGCUGAACAGGUUUUGCCAUGAAAAGCAUCAGCUUGAAACUGAGCUGGAAUCACUGACAACUGGUCAGGGUGGAGAAUUUGAGGGCACCCGAAGUGCUGACAUCAAAGAGACAGCCCGGCUGGAGUCACGACUCAUGCACAUGACUUGUGAGGUGGCCCUUCUGAGAGAGGAAGUCAGCCAGGGCAGAGUAGAUGAGAUGUGAAAGAACUUGCUUUCCUUAGCAGAGAAGGUGGGUGCCUCUUUCUACAAGCUUUAGCACAAGACUCUGAGAUUCAAACUCCCUGUUCAGAAAUAGUAACUAACAAUCCAAGUCACCCUUAAAAUUAACUGUGGCAGCAGUCAUGCCUGGAAGUGCAAAAUUAAUUGUUUUGGC